AUGACGCAAAUCCCAGAAAGAUAUUCGCCGUUGAUUAAAACACCGGAUGAUCCCAAAACAAGUUUCAAAACCGGUUACGGGAAAUACAUUGGUGUCGAUUCGAAUGGUGCUCUUGUUGCCACAGCAGAAGCCAUUGGACAACGCGAACGCUUCCAAGUUGUUUUGAAGAGUGUGUUGAUUUCUAAUGGGGGAAAAAGUGCCAUACAAGCAGUUUGUAAUCCUCUGUUCUUAUCGAUGGCCGUGAACAAGGACGGUAUGAUUUAUGUGGCCAGCAAAAAGGCUGGUGAUGAAGAAAUGGUUAAUAUUCGUACCAAUGCCAAGAAAACCGGUCCAGUAGACUGGCGAGCUGACGAGGAUAAAAAGUCUGCCAAAGACUGCUCUACAGCCUAUGUGUACGUUUUUCUUUUCUCUGUGGGAUUGCAAGAGUUGUGUCCGCCAGACAUGAAGAUUGCGCGCGCGAUUGGAGACUGGCCAGUUUGCAAGGCUGCAUCGCGACCGCGCGCUCAGUUGCCUCUUAAUGUGGACAAUGGAUAG